UGUAUGUCGACCUCUGAGUGAACAAAUUUCCGACUGCCCCUGAAGACAGCGCGCCUCCAUCAGGACCCUGUCGCUGGCUCAACUUUCUUCUUGUCUCUCCCGGAGUCUGAAUCCGCGCCAAACACCGCCAGACCUUCAAAGAGAAGCAAAAUAAGUAUUGUAAAAACUACCAGAAACGACCAUGAAGUUGUCUUUAAUUCGCAGUGCUUGUGGCAGCCUUCGGAUACAUCCAGCCCGACCAGGAAGCAGAGUCAGCGGCUUGUCGCGGAGAUGCCUGCCGGUUGGUGCUGCCAGCGGUCGGAUGAUCGUCCGGACCGCGAGCGCUACCAGCAGCGGCGGUACCAGUCAGAAGUUAGCUGUUAACUUUGGGAAACAGUCCCAAAAAGAUGAUGGCCAAGACAGCGACCAUUUUUUGAGAGAAGUGGUUCAGAGCUCCAAGGAGACAAUGUUGGCUCUGCAGAGGAAAAAUCCAGCAAUCCAACCUCUGCUAGCCAUUAUACAGGCAGGUGAAGAUGACGGCUUGCUGGAGAUCAAUAUGAAAAUAGCAGAAAUGAUCGGCUUAAACGUCAUCCAGAUUUGUCUGGCGAAGGACUGCAGUGAGGAUGAAAUUGUAGAGGAGGUGUUGAAGCUGAAUGAAGACCCCAGGGUGCACGGAGUCCACCUACACCUCCCCCCUGCUUCCCUCACCAGUCGAGUGCUGAACACACUCAAAGCAGAUAAAGAUGUUGAUGGGAUAACCGAUUUGAAUACGGGCCGUCUGGUACGAGGAGACCUGAGCAAAGGCUUUGUUCCACCCAUAGCCAGCGCUGUCCUGGAUCUGCUGGAGAAACAUGAUGCCCCUUUGGAAGGGAAAACUGUGUUACUGGUUGGAGGAGAGGGACCUCUUGUGGUGUCCCUGCAGUGCCUGAUUGAACGAAGUGGAAUGGUAGCUCUCAAGAGUCACUGGAGCUCCAAGAGCUUACAGAGCCAGGUGAUGCAGGCAGAUGCUGUGAUCCUUUUUGGGGCAGAGAAUAUGGAUGUCCCACCUGCCUGGGUUAGAUCAGGGACUGCUGUCAUCCGCUGUGAGCCCACCCUAGAGACAGAUGAAAAUGUCAUUGAGAUGUCCUCAAAGUCUGGGUUAGGAUACCUCACAGCAGCUUACAGAACACAGAAUGUGGUGCGUAGUUGUAGUCGGUGGCACAAGGAGCAGCAGUACCGACCCUGGCAUCUGUGCAGCCUCAAACUGCAGCCCCUAACCCCUGUACCAAGUGACAUAGAGAUUUCCAGAGCCCAAACACCGAAGCCAGUGCACCAGCUGGCUGAGGAGAUUGGUCUGCUGCCAGAAGAGCUUGAAGCUUAUGGCAGAAGCAAAGCUAAGGUCCGACUCUCCUUGUUAGACCGCCUUCACAAACAGCCUGACGGGAAAUAUGUCCUGGUUGCUGGUAUAACUCCCACCCCACUGGGUGAAGGUAAAAGCACGGUGACCAUCGGCCUAGUCCAGGCUCUGUCUGCUCACCUUAAGCUGAACUCCUUCGCCUGUCUCCGCCAGCCUUCCCAGGGACCUACUUUUGGGGUUAAAGGGGGAGCUGCAGGAGGGGGAUAUGCCCAGGUCAUCCCGAUGGAGGAGUUCAACCUCCAUCUGACUGGUGACAUUCACGCUAUCACAGCAGCCAACAACCUGGUGGCAGCAGCCAUUGAUGCCAGGAUGCUCCACGAGGCGACUCAAUCAGACAAGGCUCUGUUUAAUAGACUGGUCCCUUCAGUGAAUGGAGUCAGAAGAUUUUCACCUAUCCAAGUCUCCAGGCUUCGUCGUCUAGGGAUCGAUAAAAUAGAUCCUGCAUCUCUCACACCUCAGGAGGUCAGCACCUUUGUUCGUCUUGACCUUGACCCCUCCAAGAUCACCUGGCAGAGAGUUGUUGACACAAAUGACCGCUUCUUGAGGAAGAUCACAGUUGGACAGGCCAGCACUGAAAAAGGACAGAUCAGAGAGACUGGGUUCGACAUAGCAGUGGCGAGCGAGAUCAUGGCCAUCCUGGCUCUGGCAGACAGCCUGGAGGACAUGAAAAACAGACUGGCGCGCAUGGUGGUGGGGACCAGCCGCUCUGGACAGCCUGUCACCGCAGAGGACCUGGGUGUGAGCGGAGCGCUGGCGGUGUUAAUGAAAGAUGCCAUCAAGCCCACGUUGAUGCAGACCCUCGAGGGUACGCCAGUGUUUGUCCAUGCUGGGCCCUUUGCCAACAUCGCCCAUGGCAACUCCUCGGUGCUGGCAGACAAGCUGGCUUUGAAGUUGGUUGGACGGGACGGCUUUGUGGUGACAGAAGCUGGUUUCGGAGCAGACAUCGGGAUGGAGAAGUUCUUCAACAUCAAAUGUCGGGCUUCGGGGCUGAGGCCGAAUGUGGUGGUGCUGGUUGCAACUGUCCGAGCGUUGAAGAUGCACGGUGGUGGCCCAAAUGUGUCUGCAGGCGCACCACUUCCUAAAGAGUACAUUGAUGAGAAUCUCAGUCUAGUUGCAGGUGGUUGCCAUAGCAAUCUCAGGAAGCAGAUCCAAAUAGCACAUCUGUUUGGGGUACCAGUCGUGGUGGCACUCAAUGUCUUCAAGACCGACACGCAGGCAGAGAUUGACCUUGUGUGUCAGAUAGCAAAAGAGUGCGGAGCGUCUGAUGCUGUGCCGUGUCACCACUGGGCGCAGGGUGGUCGGGGUUCCUUAGAGCUGGCUGAGGCUGUGAAUUUGGCUGCCAGCAGACCCAGCAACUUCCAGUUCCUGUACACCACAGAGAUGCCGAUUGUGGCGAAGAUCAGAACAAUCGCUCGCAAAGUGUAUGGAGCUGAUGACAUCGAGCUGUCUCCAGAGGCCGAGGCCAAAAUAGAUUACUACAAUCAACAGGGCUUUGGUUCAUUGCCUAUCUGUAUGGCCAAGACUCACCUGUCCCUGUCCCACAUGCCUGACAAGAAGGGUGUGCCCACUGGAUUCGUUUUGCCAAUCAGAGAUGUUCGUGCCAGCAUCGGGGCUGGUUUUAUCUACCCACUGGUGGGAACGAUGAGCACUAUGCCUGGCCUGCCAACCCGGCCCUGUUUCUACGACAUCGACCUCGACCCGGUCACAGAGGAGAUCACUGGACUCUUCUGAGCAUGCUCACUAAAGGUAUUCUCACAGGCUCCCUGCUCUGUUCUCAGGAUCCACGCGUGCACCAUCAGAUGCAUUCAUCCUCUGCAUCUUUGACAGGAAAUGCUUUCUUACUUUCUGGCAGCCCAAACUCUCUCCACAUCACUGUUGUAUGUUUUGAGAGGAAAAAAAUAUAACUGGAACAUUAGUUUAAAGCUGUAUUUGCACAUCUGUGUGAUAUGCCAAAGACGACAGCCAUAUCGUAUAUAUCACAAAUGCUGUUUUAUGCUUUUGACCUCUCUGUACGGUGUUUUCUGUGUAUGGAAGAGUCAGUUUAAGUCUUAAAAAAAAAUCUUUUUUACUUUAAUCGUAUUUACUUUUUUCAUUUUUUUGUGAAUUGAAAGCUACUAAAAUGUCUGAUAACAGUGCUGCAUCUUUAUACGUGUCUUAAGCUUUUCAAUUGACUUGCUGUUGUAUGCACAAAAAGCCAUUAUGGUGUUAUGUAGCCUUUAUUUUCUAACCUGCUGGAUGCUGCUGAAUGUCCCACCUGCUGCACUGCCUGGGUAAAAAUCAAUACAAGUCAUGAGUUCAAAGCCAAUUCUGACAUAUUUUUCAAGUAUUGCAGUUAACAUAAUGAGAAAGCUGUGAAUCCUGCCUGAAAUUUCAAUAGCUCUUGCAGAGGGGAAACAUCUUAUCGUCAGGUUAAAGAGCUGUUAAAGGCUUUUUAUUGGGCCAUGUAUGUAACUUAAGAUAUGCCAUCGGUAUUAAUGCUUUAUUUCAUAAACGUUUACAGUUUUCUAUGAUUUUAAUGGAGUUGGUCUUAGUUUUAGGCCUCCUGCUAUAUGUAACUUUGCUCUUACUUUUUCAGCUGGACAUGUUUUGAUUGUCAUUUAAAAACUGAUUAAAGGGUACCUUCAGUAUUUUGUCCUGGACCAUUUUUCCCCAUAUUUUCCAUGAACAACAAAUUUCGAAAUUGGUCCACUAUUGAGAAAGGGGAUAACAGCUGUGCAACGCUGGCAAUGUAACUAUAUGGAGCAAUUGUGCACUGUCACUGUAUAUACAUUAAAAGUGGUUAUUUUUGCUAUGGACAGGCUCAGAUUGUUGUUGUAAGUUUCUUAAAUGUACCUCUACCUUUUGCUUGAUUUGUGUCUAAAUCUCGCUCAAAAAGAAGUCUCAUUCUAAAAUCUUACAAGAUGUCUUAUUGCAGGAAGACAAUGCUGGAAACAGAAGUGAGAUGGAAAAGCGUGUAGCGAUGGAUUACAGAAAGUGUAGCUUAGUGUUAUCUUAAAGAUUUUUGAUGUUGUGGAAGAUAAUUUAGCUGAUUUCGACAACGUAGACGAGGCCUUCGAGUUCAGUGACCGCCCAUAUUUAUUUGAGCUGGAGCAUAUUUUGUAAUAUUUCAGAACACUUGGACACAAAAACAAAGGCAUAUUUCGGAGAGACAUUUCAGACAUUUUUAAUAACAAUCUGAGCCUGUCUGUGGCAACAUGAGUCACUUUCAAAGGACACCAAGUGACGGUGCACAGUUGCCCCAUCUGGUUACAUUGUAAGCAUUGCCCAGCUAUCAACUGCAGCCCUCUCUUUAAUUGCUAAACCAUUUCAAAAGCUGUUGUUCACAUCAGUCACUUAGACACAAAAACAUGGGAAUAAAGGUUCCAGGUUGAAAAACUCCGAAAUUACCCUUUAACACCCAGUGUCUGUGUGUCCUGACCCAUCACUUGAUGAUGGGAUGAUUAUAUGGCCAAAUUACAAUCACAUGACGGGUGCAACUGAAGCUUUUAUUAAAGUUUAAUUGAACCAAACUUUAUGUAACUGGUGUGAAACUAACACAAAUUUGCUCUAAAAAACAUAGUUCUCAUUAACAGCAGUAUGUUAAACAUUUUGGUGCCCAUGGAUCAAAAGUGUGUGCCUUUCAAUAAACCUUUUAUUUACUCCAAAA